UACAACUCCCGGCAGACAAUUCAGAGAGUGAAGCGAAAACGGGGUGAGUGGGAUGGAUAGACCGGGGAGGAUUACCACCACGUGCUCCCUCUGGGGGGCGCAAUUAGAGCUGGAGGCCGGGACUGGCUGUGGGCGUGUGAUCGCUUCGGCUCGCUCGCUCCUGUACUCCUGCGUUGAUCACCGUGCGUAGAGACAGCUCCCCUCGCCAGGACUGUGCGGCCCGCUCUGCACCUGAGCGCAGCACUGAGGAGGGACGUCAGGCUGGGCUGCGGAGAGACAAAAGAAGAGCAAGGACACCUCCGCGAGGGAGCGGCUUCUUGUGGCUGCCUCAGACGGACGCUCAGCCGCCACCCGCUGUUUGGGAACGCUUGCUGCUGCCGGAGGAGAAGGAGAGGGAGAGGAGGAGAGGAGGAGUCCGCCCCUCGCUCCAUGGCUGAGCAGCACUGAGGCGUGCGGCGGCGGCGGCGGCGGCUGUGGAGCUGGAGCCCCGAGAAGCAGCGCUCGAGCCCCCGCAGCCUCUUUCGCGGGUGCCUCCUCUGGACCUUCCGCGGGAUUCUUGCUUAAGCAGCCGGGCGGCGCACGAUGCGCCCUGCUGCUCGCUUCUGAUCGCCAGCCCCACCGCGAUGAUUUCCCCGGAGCAGCAGCAGCAGCAGCCCAACCAUGUUGUGGCGACCAUCGAGAACCUGCCGCCCGAGGGCAGCGGUGUUGGCGGCGGCAGGAGCAGCAUCUCCGCCCCCUCUUCUGCCAGCGUGCGCCAGAGGCUCAGGAAAGUGUUUAACAGGGAACUCCUGCUAUCUAUAGCUCUUGGGCAGGUUCUUUCCCUGCUUAUCUGCGGUAUUAGCCUGACCAGCAAGUAUUUGUCAGAUGAUUUUCACGCCAACACUCCAGUCUUUCAGAGUUUCCUGAACUACAUUCUCCUAUUUUUGGUCUAUACCACAACCUUAGCUGUUAGACAAGGCGAAGAAAACUUACUGGCUAUCUUAAAACGAAGAUGGUGGAAGUACAUGAUCCUGGGGAUAAUAGAUAUAGAAGCCAAUUACCUGGUAGUUAAAGCUUAUCAGUAUACCACUUUUACUAGCGUACAGCUCCUAGAUUGUUUUGUGAUUCCAGUUGUGAUAUUACUGUCUUGGUUCUUCCUGCUGGUACGGUACAAGGCAGUGCACUUCAUUGGCAUUGUGGUCUGCAUACUGGGGAUGGGCUGCAUGGCAGGAGCAGAUGUCCUUGUUGGAAGGCAGCAAGGAGCAGGAGAAAAUAAACUUAUAGGGGACCUUCUAGUACUAGGCGGAGCCACUCUCUAUGGCAUCUCCAAUGUUUGCGAAGAGUACAUCGUACGGAACCUGAGUCGGGUGGAGUUCCUAGGCAUGAUUGGACUCUUUGGUUCCUUCUUCAGUGGAAUUCAGCUUGCCAUCAUGGAGCAUAAGGAGUUGUUAAAAGUUCCCUGGGAUUGGCAAAUAGGAUUGCUGUAUAUUGGCUUCAGUGCCUGUAUGUUUGGCCUUUACAGCUUCAUGCCUGUGGUCAUUAAGAAAACUAGCGCUACAGCAGUCAACCUCUCCCUGCUUACAGCAGACUUGUACAGCCUUUUCUGUGGAUUUUUUCUCUUCUACUACAAGUUUUCAGGACUAUAUCUUCUGUCAUUCUUCACAAUCCUUGUUGGGCUGGUGCUGUAUUCCUCCACAUCCACGUACGUUGCCCAAGACCCACGGGUGUACAAGCAGUUCCGGAACCCUUCAGGUCCUGUUGUAGACUUGCCAGCCUCUGGGCAGCUGGAACCUUCAGUAACGUACACCAGCCUAGGCCAGGAAACGGAAGAAGAACCCCACAUCCGAGUUGCCUAAUCUCAGGCCCUUGCCACCCUUGGUGGAGUUUGUAUCUCCAUUAUCUCUGUAUCAUUCAUAGAGAAAGGUAUUUACCGGAUGCAGUUACUUAGGUGUGCUGCAAGGUAGCAAACAGGGAAGGUUUAUAAGAAUACAAACUAAAUUGUUUCUAAGUGUAUAUAGGCAAGAGCAGUAACUCACAGUCUUUUACUUAGGGCAGCGCUUUUCAAGCUGGGGUUCCCCAGAAACUUAUCAGGGGCUCCUUAAUGAAAAGUUCAGAAAUGGUGGGCGAGCUUUCCUAAAGAAUGGCUUGCCUACCAUCAAGCUACCCUUGGAGUGUCCACAAUAGGCAUGUUCAAUGGUGCACACUCAGGUCACGUGCAGUAAAAGUGAGGUCCGACUGUCCUGGCCAGUUUCAUACCGGAACUAAGUGUCCACCCUAGAACAUGCCCCAAGCAUCUUCUGUAGUAUGCUGGAGUUUCAUGGCAAGGGGUUCCUCAGCAGAUGAGCUGAUGUGAAUAGUAGGGUGGGAACAAGAAUUCAAAACAGGCUGGGUGUGACUUUGGGAGCUCCCCAGCUCAAAUGGUAGACAGCCUGCCAUGAACAGACCCUCUACCUCAAUUCUACUAAUACCCCUGGUGUUCCCGUCUUUACCACCUCCCCUUUCUUCCCCCAGGUCAAACAAACAAACUCUACUUUGAGGAAGAAAGAGGGAGUAGGAGGUGGGAGUGGUGGGUGUUCCUAUCGAUGUGCAGAGAACUUGACUACAAGUCCCACGAUCCCUGGCAGAAAAAAACACUAUACAUGUCACCUCCUGCUGAGGAUGGCUCCUUCUCAGUGGUAAAUGUUAUAUGGGGCAGCAGCUCCACCAAGGGUGUUGUAAACAAGACCCAGGUCUCUGGCAGGAAAAGGCAGUGUUUUGUGUAUCAAAGGGAAUGGCCACUACUUUCCUACCCCCUCUUUCUUUCUCAGGGAAGGAGCAGAGAGAUUGCCUUGGAAAAGGUGGAGAGGAGAAGGAGACAGGUGCUCUGCUGGGCUUUUUGUGUGUGUUUGAUUGGAACAUUUUGGGGGGGAAACCCGAGCACUUCCAGGGCAAGUGGGAGAUCAAUCUCCCAAGUGGAAAGGGUUCAUAGGGCUAGGGAGCAUUAAAACUGCUGGCGUUAGUAAUUCGCAGUUAGUGCAAGAAGUGAAAACUCUUAAGUCACUCAAAAUCAUUGUUGCUCAGAACCCAAGCUGAAGUUCCGUAACAAACAAAAGGGAUAUUUCUUCACCUCUUGGAGGAUGCUUUGCCAGUGGUUAUACAGUGCUUCAGUAAAGCCACAUUUGCACAGUAGGUCCACAUGCACACAAACACUCUUAACUAUUGUCAAGGAAUGUUUGUUUUGUGCAGGAAAGGACAGGUGAAUCACAGCGCCUACACCCCAGUGCCGUUGUGUUCAUUCAGCUGUCUUAGCUACCUGGUUGCCCAGCCUCGAAGGCAUAAUGUGUUCUGGGAAGCCAGAGGAUGGACAACUACCAAUAUUCAUCUCUAUUCUAGGAAUAGGUUGAAAACAAACAUUUUAGCCCUUUUAGAAGAAACAUUUACAAUUGUGAAAUAGUCAAAGAACCUUUUUAAAUUUUUUACAAUCGUCUUGCUGGUGGCUGAGGUUCUCCAUUUAGUGACAGGGAGAUUAUAUUUCCAGUUCAGUGUCUUAAUCUUGCAGGUUCAAAAAAGCCCUAUUUCUUACUCUUUUAAAAUGGAAACCAUCCUAAGAAAGUACAUUUUCUAUUUUUUUUAAUUAUUUAUUGUGGGUUUUCUGACUAAGGAGAGAAAGAAUGGAGCACAGUUUGAUAGACUUCUCUGUAUUCAAGGCGAACUCGAGAACAGCUGCCCUGCGUCCGGCCAGCUCAGCAUGGUACAGAGGCUAGAUGCAGAUGGUGCAGGAAG